AUGCAAGAAAAGCUACCUGUUUUUAAAUACGAUGGUGAUCACCAUCAGUUGGAUAUGUAUGGCCCGCGUAGACCUGUACUCUACAUUUUGCUUUCUGAGAUCAUUAUCAUUCAAAAAGCUCUAAGAAGUAAUCUUGAAAAGGUAAUUCCGGAGAAGAAAUCACAACUGCGUGAUCUGAUCGAGAAGACGAUGCCACUGGUUGUCGAAAGUACAGAAAGUAUUCUCUACAAAAAACUUUAUCUUCAUCCCUUUUACUGUGCUGAUGACGAUAGAAGUGAUGAUGCGGAGAUUCUCUUCCAAAGGUUAAUUCAAUCCCUGGUAAUUCCGGAGAAGAAAUCACAACUGCGUGAUCUGAUCGAGAAGACGAUGCCAUUGGUUGCCGAAAGUACAGAGAGUAUUCCCUACAAAAAACUUUAUCUUCAUCCCUUUUACUGUGCUGAUGACGAUAGAAGUGAUGAUGCGGAGAUUCUCUUCCAAAGAACGAAACGAAGCGUGGAGAAGUGUUUACUUAGCGGUUGUUCGGGCAAGGAUCUAAGCCUGCUGCUUGCGCAUCAAACUUUUCAGGAGGAAGAGGAUAAUUUCCAGAAGUUGCCUCAUCAGAGUCACGACCAGUAA